AUGGUCAGCCCAUCAAGACGGACGACCCGGCGCAGACAGCCUGAUGACGAAUGGGAGGCCAAUCCUCACGUCGACCAGGCUAUCCGACAGGGCAAGACCGCCCUGUCUCUACUCGAAGCUAUAACCGAGGGCAUAUUCAUAUGCGAGCCACUCAAAGGUGCGGUCAAGCUGGCGAAGGAGCUGCUCGAAAUGGUGGAGAAGGUCCGCAAGAACCAAGAGGAGUGCAAGGACUUGGCGGACGACGUCUUCAUGCUGAUGGAAGUAAUCCUUGAACUUCUGAAAGGAAGGCAAGACGACGAGAUACCCGCGCGGUUGAAGACCUACCUCGUCGAUGACGUGUACAACACGCUGCUCAAAAUCAAAUCCGACCUCGAGCCGCUGAUACUCAAAAAAGACUUCUCCUUCAAGGCGUGGCGAAGGGCGCUUCUCAGGCGCGAAUAUGUGGCGGAUCAGCUAUCUGGGCAUAGGAAGAAGAUCACCGGCUGCCUCCAACGAUUCAACCUUGCCAUCGUCGCUGAUAUCAGGAUGGAAAUGCAUGCCCCCGUGCCGUCCACUUCCGCCCUACCCAGACUACAGAUAUCAUCCGUCGUGCCUCGUCCGCCAAAGUACUUCUACGGACGAGACGAUAUCGUCGAUGACGUGGUCCAGAAGCUCGCGAGCGAAACGCAACAUCACGUAGCUCUCCUCGGUACCGGCGGAAUCGGCAAGACGUCCGUUGCGCUCUCGAUCCUCGAGCAUCCGGACAUCAAACCUCGGAACCGCUGUUGUUUCGUGCCGUGUGAUACCCUGCUUUCGGCCUCGGCUCUCGUCCUUGCCAUUCUCCAGGUUCUGGGCGGUAGCUCAGGUGAGGGCGACACCAUGGAAAGGCUGAUCGGGUGCAUCAAGGCCGUGGGCCCGGUCGUCCUCGUCCUGGAUAACUUUGAAAGCCCGUGGGACGCUGGAGGAACCCACGACUCGCUGACGAAGGUCCUCAGCUCCCUCUCGUCCCUUCCCGGGGUCCAAAUCGUCUUGACGAUGCGAGGGAACCAUCCACCGGCCAACGGAGGCGUUCAGUGGACCCCUGUUCAACUUGGUCCUUUGGAUGCGGAAUCAGCGAAAGCGCUCUUUCUAACCAUGUGUCCGGACACCAAACCCGCCGAAUAUACAGACAUGGACGCAUUGCUUGAGAAGGUUGACGGUUUACCGCUUGCCAUCGAUCUCCUCGCGAAGCAGAAGGGGAUACUUCCUUGUUCCUUCUUGCUACGACGAUGGGAAUCGCAAUCUACCGCACUGCUCACCACGGAAACGCGAUCUCCGACGCGAUUAACCAGUCUAGACGUCUCGAUCAAGCUGUCGCUGAACUCGGAGAUGAUGAAAGCGGCUCCAGAUGCCCUCACGCUGCUGGCGGUCAUCUGUCGCUUGCCCGAUGGCGUCGUCGGAGGUUCCGAUCAACUGGUCAAGAUGAACCUCGGCCUCGAGGUCCACGAGGCGCUCGCGGCGCUUCUACGCAGUGCGCUUGCAUACGUCGCCCCUGGGGGUUUCAUCAAGGUGCUUUCUCCGAUCCGUCAGCACGUCAUGGCCCAUCACGACCUGCCGCAGCCAAAAUAUGACUCACUCAUGCAAUAUUACGUCAACCUCUUAGACAAAUAUGGGUCGGUUUCACCUGGCUAUGGCGAUUUCAAGCAGGCGUACGAGGCUUUGGUUCCGGAAACAGGCAAUAUCAUCUACUUGUUCACGCAAGAGCUCCGGCAGGCUCGAAGAUGCACACAUGGUGUUGCUCAGGCCGCGUACAUGUUCUCCCGGUUUCAAUGCUACACACGGCAUUCGACCGAGCUCAUCGACGAACUACUCAAUCAACGGCCACAAUAUAGAAUGAAAGUUUCUCGAGUAAAGCGAAUUGUGAUCAGGAGAAACGGGUGGAGGGUUCCCCUUGCGCAGGGACUCAUGUCCAGGGCGAGACUCUUGAUGAAUAUGCAUGAAUACGCAGCAGCGAAGGAUGAUUUGACUGCUGCGCUUGUUGAAACAAGCAGAGCCAGGGAUCGAGCAACAACAGCGCUUUGCCUGGAGAUGUUCGGCGACAUCCACCUCAUGCAGAACGAGUACCCCCAGGCGAUAGAAAAGCUCACCCGGGCCCAUGACGUGAACACUGAGAUCGGACACCGACAGGGCGUGGCGAAUUGCCUGAAAAGCUUGGGCGAGAUCCAUCGCAUGCAGAACGAGUACCCCCAGGCGAUAGAGAAGCUUACUCGGGCCCACGACGUGUACUCCGAGAUCGGACACCGAUUGGGCGUGGCGAAUUGCCUGAAAAGCUUGGGCGACGUCCAUCGCAUGCAGGACGAGUACCCACAGGCGAUAGAGAAGCUCACCCGGGCCCACGACGUGAACACCGAGAUCGGACACCGACUGGGCGUGGCGAAUUGCCUGCAGAUCUUGGGCGAGGUCCAUCGCGUGCAGAGCGAGUACCCCAAGGCGAUAGAGAAACUCGCCCGGGCCCACGACGUGUACUCCGAGAUCGGAGACCGACUGGGCGUGGCGGGCUGCCUCUCAAGCUUGGGCGACGUCCAUUACAUGCAGAACGAGUACCCCCAGGCGAUAGAGAAGCUCACCCGGGCCCACGACGUGUCCUCCGAGAUCGGAGACCGACAGGGCGUGGCGGGUUGCCUGAAAAGCUUGGGCGACGUCCAUCGCAUGCAGGACGAGUACCCCCAGGCGAUAGAGAAGGUCACCCGGGCCCUCGACGUGUACUCCGAGAUCGGAGACCGACAGGGCGUGGCGGGUUGCUUGGAAAGCUUGGGCGACAUCCAUCGCAUGCAGGGCGAGUACCCCCAGGCGAUAGAGAAGGUCACCCGGGCCCACGACGUGUACUCCGAGAUCGGAGACCGGCUGGGCGUGGCAAAUUGCCUGCAAAGCUUGGGUGAGAUCCAUCGCAUGCAGGGCGAGUAUCCCCAGGCGAUAGAGAAGCUCACCCGGGCCCGCGAAGUGUACUCCGAGAUCGGAUCCCGAAGGGGCGUGGCAAAUUGCCUGCAAAGCUUGGGCGACAUCCAUUACAUGCAGGCCGAGUACCCCCAGGCGAUAGAGAAGCUCACCCGGGCCCACGACGUGUACUCCGAGCUCGGAGACCGACUCGGUGUUACAGGCUCUCUGCAGAGCUUAGCAGAUAUUGAUCGUGUCCAAGAGCGGUAUGAUCAAGCCGCGGAGAAGCUAGGACGCGCUCUUCACCAUGCUUCAAGCAUCGGGCAUCGCUAUAGGAUCGCUUGCUGUUACAUGUACAUGGGCUUACUCGAUCGCGAUCAGCGUCGUUAUGCCGAGGCUGUUGAGCAUAUCACGACCGCUCAGGCAAUGCUCACGGAGAUCGGACAAGAGGGCAACGCGGAUUAUUGCUCAGGUCUCCUUCGUGAGAUUCACGAGCUCACGAUCUCGCAGGAUGAAGGUGGCGAAGGGCCCGUGAUAGCCUCCCACGCGCGCGACGCGACGACGACUUAGAAGAAUGUACGACACUUCUGUCAUCGACAUUUUCUACCCGUGCGCUGCUACCAAGUCGAUGUUCCCCGUUACUCUGCGGUUGCUUAGAGCACUCGCGCUAUGCGCUUUGAGCGCCGUGCAGAUGUUCCGGGUGGUUUCUACGAAGUCCUGUCCAAUCAUGUAACCAAGUUUUCUCUGACUUGCGGAACCGGGUAGAAAUCGUGUACCACAUUACUAGAUGCCUUGACAUUGUCGUCGUGGAUUGUAUUACUCGCCGUAUGCGUCGUAGCUUACUUCCCUGUGUAUGCCGAACUUGCAACGAUCUCAUCCGCAACUUGGCAGAGCUUCGUGAGUGGGUGCCCCGGGCUGGCUUGGGAAACGGCGGCGCUCUCGCAACAGAUCGACAUGGACUUGCAGGUUUCGAGGCGACGGCGG